AUGCCUAACUCAAGUGAGCAGUCGCAUUUUGUUGGCUCUCUAAGCCAUCACGGUCCUGCAUGGAUUGAAGGCCAGCACCACAAGACUGCAGGUCGCUGUCACUUCUGUGGCACCAUGGCAGGUCGUAGAAAUUCUCUGGCACUGAGUGGGGGAGAUGGUGGAGUAUGGUCUCACCAUCGAGUAGAUCUUGAUGAAAAACAGAAUCCAGUCCGCCAGUAUUCCCAGAUCCAACAGGACCGGCAUGGACAGCAGCUACUGAGGAAGAACUCUGUGCCCGAUCUUGGCAGCAGCCUCUACCUCAGACAAAUGAUGGCAAGCCGGGCCUCUGCACCACCUGUGGAUUACUACAUGACUGGUUCUACCUUAUCUGGUCAGCCACCUGAAGAGUCUGGGUUUUAUAGGGAUAACCAGCACCUGCUCAACCGAUCAGCAUCGCAUUAUGGGUCCAACGCUAGGGGGGUGAACCCUACCUGGGAUCAAGGACAGGCAAGAGCCACACCUACCAUGUUGGCGUCUAGUUCUACACCUAACCCCAUGCCUCCUCCCCCUCCUCCCCCUCCUCCCCCGCCUCCUCCACCACCUCCUCCUCCUCCUGUUCAUGAGCUAAGCCGUUUGUACAGGGAGACUCUGGGAUCUAAAAUGAUCCAAGACGUCCAGCGUAUUGGUGGCAGCUCUCCUGGUCCGGCAGCCUACGGGGUCCAGCCCCCUCAUCCUCUUUACGCUGCUGGGCCACCAUCUCUUUCUGCUCACCAAGCUUACAACAAUAUAAACGGCUUUUCCCUGGACUCCUAUCAGCCAGCUGACACCAAUACUGUGGUGGACUCAGCAUACCAGGGAAUGGACGGAGCUUUCCCCCGGGCUUAUGGGGCUAUAGCCUCUCAGAGGCAACCUUAUGACCCAAAUUAUGACCCCAAUUCAGCCAUGGUGGCUGCCACAGCUGGAUAUACCUCUGGUCUGUCUCUUCACCAUCCCAGUGCUGCAGACCCCAAGAAGAUGGUGGACCCUUCCUUCCUGGCUUUUCUGCGAGCUGAAGGAUUGGCUGAGAGCACUAUCACUCUCCUGCUGCAACAUGGCUUUGAUUCCUAUUCCACCCUGGGGAUGAUGGAGGACCAUGAUGUCCGCUCUGUGGCCCCUAACUUGGCCCAGGCCCGUGCUCUCUCACGUGUGAUGCUUGGUUUCAAGACAAGUGGAACAGCACCACGUACACGAUCCAACAGCUUUACCCAUCGCAAUGAUCUCUACAUGCAGCCCCAGGGUUUGACCAUGGACCCCAACCUGAUGCAGCAACAUCCCACCACUCUCCAGAACAUGUCCCCCAGGAUGGGAGAAUUUCUUGGCAGAAGACCCAGUAGUGCACCCUCCCAGCACCUCCUGGAGACCACCACCUACCCAGGAUCACGGCCCAUGGGAAGUGGAGCUUUUCCAAUUAGCCCUGGAGGAUAUAGCAAUGCUGUGACUCAGGGAAGACCUUUCUCCAUGUUUAAUGCCCACACCGGUCUUGCCAUGUCUGCUCUUGGACAACAGCCUCCAUCAGCCCCGGGCACCCAUGGAGCAGCACCAAAAACCUAUUCUGGCUCCUAUUCCCCAAUGGAGCUGAUGAAGAGAGCACCCAACCUUCCUCCAACAUCACCAGCAGCAGCUCCAAGCCCCCUUCACAGCCCCCAACUGCUCCGGAAAGGGAUCAAUGCUGCCCCUGAAAGUAACAUCGUUCCUGUAACCUCUUCCUCCGCUCUCCAAGCGCAAAAUCUAAACAACGGCAGGAUGGUUGGACGUCGUACGGGUCCCCCUGUCAUUGUCUCAACCAUGGCCACCACGCCUGACACAAGUAUUCGGCCCCAAAUCAUGAACGGGCCAAUGCACCCGCGCCCCCUGGUGGCGCUGCUGGACGGGCGUGACUGCACCGUGGAGAUGCCCAUCCUGAAAGACUUGGCAACUGUGGCCUUUUGCGACGCGCAGUCCACACAGGAGAUACACGAGAAGGUGCUCAAUGAGGCGGUGGGAGCCAUGAUGUACCACACCAUCACCCUGACCAGAGAGGAUCUGGAGAAGUUCAAAGCUCUGCGCAUCAUCAUUCGUAUCGGCAGUGGAUACGACAACAUCGACAUCAAGGCUGCUGGAGAGCUAGGAAUCGCUGUGUGUAACAUUCCCUCUGCAGCCGUGGAGGAGACGGCGGACUCCACCCUGUGCCACAUCCUGAACCUCUACAGGCGGAACACCUGGCUCUACCAGGCUCUCCGGGAGGGCACGCGGGUCCAGAGCGUGGAGCAGAUCCGCGAGGUGGCCUCCGGCGCCGCCCGCAUCCGUGGCGAGACCCUCGGCCUCAUCGGCUUCGGGCGAUCGGGCCAGGCGGUGGCGGUGCGAGCCAAGGUCUUCGGCUUCAACGUCAUCUUCUACGACCCCUACCUGCAGGACGGCCUGGAGCGCUCGCUGGGCGUCCAGCGCGUCUACACCCUGCAGGACCUGCUCUACCAGAGCGACUGCGUCUCCCUACACUGCAACCUGAACGAACACAACCACCACCUCAUCAACGACUUCACCAUCAAACAGAUGCGUCAGGGUGCGUUCCUGGUCAACACUGCGCGGGGCGGUCUGGUGGAUGAGAAGGCCUUGGCCCAGGCGCUGAAGGAGGGCAGGAUACGUGGAGCCGCCCUGGACGUGCACGAGACGGAGCCCUUCAGUUUUGCUCAGGGCCCGCUGAAAGACGCCCCCAACCUGAUCUGCACGCCGCACACAGCCUGGUACAGCGAGCAGGCCUCCCUGGAGAUGAGGGAGGCGGCCGCCACCGAGAUCCGACGAGCCGUCACCGGUCGAAUCCCCGACAGCCUACGAAACUGCGUCAACAAGGAGUUCUUCGUCACCACGGCACCGUGGGCGGUUAUGGAUCAACCAGGGGUUCACCACGAGCUCAACGGCGCCACCUACAGAUACCCGCCAGGUGUGGUCGGAGUGGCUCCGGGCGGCAUCCCCGGAGCGUUAGAGGGCCUCGUCCCGGGUGGGGUGCCCAUCGCCCACACCAUGCCCUCUGGUACACACCCCUCCCAGGCCCCGUCGCCCAACCAGCCCUCCAAACACGGCGAAACCAGAGAGCACCUCACCGAGCAAUAGCAGCAGAAGGGACACGAGCAGCCGGCGACACUCAGCACCAACCGACACGCAACUGGGACCAAGAGACAGUGAAACCACACGAGCGGCUGCCUGUUCCAUCAGCCGGCAACUGGGAACUCCACGUGCUCCGGGGGAAUUUGUACUUUUAACGUUUUAGUUUGUACUCUCUGUCUCUUUGGCUUCAGUACCGACUUUACUCUUUGAUGAUGAUGUUGUUUUUCUUUUUUUU